AUGCGACCGAGUUCCCGUCUCCUAGCAUCGCCGGCCAGCCAGCCAUUCCGACCAGGCCAGCGUACUUCUGCUCUUGCGCUCCUCCCACCGAUCCCCUUGUACCGUCGCUUACUACGGAUCCAUCGCAAGAAACUAGACCCGGAAGCCCGCAUCUUUGGCGACACAUACCUCAAAGCCGAGUUCCGACGUCACCGAGACAUCGAGAACCCACUGCACAUUGUGGGCUUUCUGACGGAGUGGCAACAGUACGGUCAAUUGCUGGAAGGGGAUGAAUGGAAGGGCGGCAAGAUUGAUAAAGAGCUCCUGGACAAGAUGAGUGAUCAGCAGGUUGGACAGCUGUAUGAGCUUAUGCAGGCGAUUCAGAAACGGGGUCGGGAUAGUGUGGAUGAAGAGGAAGAGGAGGCCAUGACUGCGCCAGGUGACGAGAAGCCUAAAUGA